CCCCCUUCUCCUAUUUGAAAAAUUCUGGAAACGCCACUGAUAAACUGAUAUAUUUUUGAUAACGAUAUUAUCAACAUCAGUCAGUAGAUAUAUGAAAUCACUAAUCAGUUAAAUCUUGAUAUCGCCUACCUGGAGUUCAAAACGACGGCACCCAUAGACAGAAUUUUUGAAAAAUGUGAACAAUACAAAUUGCAAUGCUAUUAUAAUAAUAGCUAUACAAUUUGUGUUACAUUAUAGAAACAAUAUUGAACCAUGUUCUUGUAUUUGAGCAAAAAGGUUAGUUCGGUUCGAAAUCACUUGACUUUAUUAAACGUCAACUAUAAAAAUAUUGUAAUGUUGUUUAGAUCGCUAUACCAAACAACACAAAAAUCAAUUGCCUUGAAUGGAAUUCCAGUCAAGAUUGUGUUGCGGUUGGCGGAGACGACGGUCUGUUAAAAAUAUUGAAAAUCGAUUCUAGUACUCCAGUAAACGGUAAGUCCAAAGGACUGGCAGGCCAGGCUAACUUGUCCAUAAAUAAAACACUCGAAGGUCAUUCUGGUAACGUGUUGGCCAUAGUUUGGAACGAAAAACACAAUAAGUUAACGUCAAGCGACGAAAAUGGGCUUAUCAUUGUCUGGACAUUGUACAAAGUAUACUAAAACCUAAAUAUUGGGUGCAUUAUACUAUAAUUUACAACCCUUUUUUCAGGGAACCUGGCAAGAAGAAAUGAUUAAUAAUCGUAACAAAUCAAUUGUUAAAGGUAUGGCGUGGAAUGGAGAUGGUGAAAAAAUUUGCAUUGUAUAUGAAGAUGGUAGCUUUAUAAAAUAAUUAUAUUUCUUAAUUUAACAUUUGAUUCAUUUGAUAUUUGAAAAUAUUUUAAACUGAUUUCAAUUUUAGGAGCUGUUAUUGUAGGUUCCGUUGAAGGCAGUCGUAUUUGGGGUAAAGAACUAAAAAAACUAAUGUUAACUGGUGUCCAGUGGUCACCAAAUUCAAAAUUUCUUCUAUUUACCAUAAAAACGGGUGAAGUUCAUUUGUACGACAGCGAUGGAAAUUUUUUGGUAUUUUUGUUUUAUCUCAAUAUUUUAGCCGAAUGAUUUGUUGUUGAAUUUCUUAUACAAUUUCAGUCUAAGUUGAGUAUUGCAUGUCUGCCAGUAUCUCUCAAUAAUGUGCCAAUAGCUGCUUGUCAUUGGCUAAACCGAAGUGAUAUAGGAAAUUGCCCACAAUUAGCCAUUGCGUACAAAUCUGGCCAUGUACAGCUGAUGAAGGAUCAAUAUGAUAUGAGUAAUUUAUCCAGAGUGGUUAUCAUCAUUACAUUUUGUUUGUUUAUGAAAAUAAUAUUAAACAGAUCCAGUGGUCUUUGAAUGUGAAAUGUCUAUUGUGGCUAUCAAAUGGAACCAUAACGGUAGUGUUUUAGCUUUAGUUGGUUCGUUAAUCGUUGAUGGGGAUAUUAAAGAAUCCAAUGUCCUUCAGCUCUAUUCACCUUUUGGACAGGUUAGUUCAAUUGUGCAUAAAGAAUGCAUUACAAAAACUAAUUAUUUUUUUAAAUAAUAGUAACAUUAAUACUAUUUAAUCUAUUAAGAACAGUUAUAUAAUAUGAAGUUUAAUUAACUAUUUGGGACACUAUUUUGAACAAACACAAAAUGUGAUUCAAUAAACCUAACAUUUUUCAGCAUUUGAGAACUUUAAGAAUUCCUGGUUUUAUGGUGUCUGCUUGUUGUUGGGAAAGCACAUCUUUACGUAUCACAUUAGCCAUUGACAGUUUUGUUUACUUUGCCAAUGUACGAUAUGAUUACCCAUGGUGUUAUUUUGCCAACACUAUUGUUUAUGCCUAUAGAAAUUACAAAGAAUCAUUGACAGAUGUUACAUUUUGGAAUAUUAAAAAAAAUGAAGUAAUUAUCUUGAACCACGUGUAGCUAAUAAUAUAUAACAUAACAUUUUUUCCCCAUCUACAAUAUAGUUUUAUCAUACGAAAUUUGACUCUCUACUGUGUAUGGACUCUUACAAAGAUCAUUGUGUUCUCGCUGUACAAAAUAAUAACGAUGAAACUAAACCUUGUAGUCUCAUUAUUUGCAACAACAUAAAUACGACAGUUGAUUGUAAGAUAUAGUACAUUUUUUUAAUUCUAAAACAUUGUAAUUUUCUUAUUGUGGUUUUAUGUAGCUAAACACAUUAAUUUUGAACCUAUAUGGAUUACAAUGAACGGAACACAUGUAAUUGUUUCGUCAUACACGAGUUUUAUGACUUGGCAAUAUACAGUUCCCAAGUCUCAUUCUACAUCAAUAAUUAAUGGUAAGUUAUUAAUUUACAAUUAUUUUACAUGAAAAAAUAUAUAUUUUUAAUUUUCCAGUUAAGCGUAAAAAAGUUAAAAUGUUUCAUAUCGAUGAUACACCUUCUGGAGUAGACGAACUCACUCAAGAAUCAUUAGAAUUUAAAAGCGCAUCGUUUCAAAAAGUAGUUGAUUAUUUGCAAAGAAAAGAAUAAAUGUAAACAUUUAAUAAUAUUUUAGGAAACUAAGGAUCAUAUAACUUGUAUAACAGCAAGCGAUCAAUAUUUGUUGAUUGGCAGAGAAAGUUGUGCUUUGCAAAAGUAUUCGUUGCCACAAGUGGUUUUAGUGGAAAGAAAAAUAUUACCUACUAAACCUUAUAAAUUGGCAUUAAAUUCAAAUUCAAAGUAAAUAAUUUUUAAAAAUAAAAUAUUUCUAUAGUUUAUAAAAUAAAAAAAGAGCUAAUACUGGGGAUGGGAGCACCCACUGUUGUAGGUGAGAAGUUGAAAAAGUUAUAAGUUAUACAUAAGGUUAUUUCUUUUAUACCUAUAAUUAACGAUAAAUCAUUGCUCAACAAAAGACGAUUUGGAGCGCAGUUCGGUUAUAUAUAAUUUGAAAUGCUGUACAUUUUUGGCGAUUUUUGUUUAAAUUUAAUUUAAAAAUGCUUAUUUAAAAAAACAAAGUCAUUUGAUGAUUUUGGAAAUUUUACCACCUCUAGGUAAGUCCAAUAUAAGUAUCAUUACUAAGUUUUAAGUCUACGUGUAUUUAUAACCGAAUUACAGCAAAAAACUCCCAAAAAUUGAAAUUCCUUUAAAGCUCAAAAGUUUUGGCGAUGAUACCGAAAAGAAAGUAAAUCAAAAAGUCAACAAAAAAAGUAUCUUGUGAUUUUUCAAUUAAAUCAUUUUUCCUGGUAGAAAACAUCGUCUGUUUUUAUAAAAUAAUGAAAUCAGAAAAUUGUACAUUUUCCCAAGUUUUUUCUCACUUGGAUGCUUUUAUUUAAAACAUAGCGUCGAAAAUCAAAAAAUUACCUCUCUACCAUUUAGACAACUUGAGCUUUCAGAAAAGUUGCUACAUGUAAAAAUCAGCAAAUUUACCAGGAAAAAACGUAUCCACAAACUAGAACAAAGAAAAAAAUCAUUUAUAAACAUCUUAUGUAAAACCAAUAGCUCCCCUCCCUACGCUCUGAAUUUAAAAUAUAAAGAAAAACCUAGUCUGAAGUAUUACAAUGUGUAUAUUUACGACCGGUUUCUAUUAAACUAAAUCAUUAUAUUUAUUUGUAUGUGUUUAGACGAUUGGCUGUUAUUGAUUCGACUGGUGUAUUGACACUUAUAGAUAACACUGGUGAUAAUGCGGUCAAAGAUUCAUAUAGUCCUGAAGCUUCAAACUCAUUCCAAAGACGAGAUGUAUGGACUAUGAAGUGGGCAUCCGACGACCCAGAACUUUUAGCAAUCAUGGAGAAAACUCGAAUGUAUGUCAUUAGAGGAUUUAACCCCGAGGAACCAAUAAGUACUUCAGCUUAUAUAGCUUCUUUUGAGGUAAAUCAAAAUUAUAUAUAUAUAUAUUUUUUAAUUAUUUGAAAGCAGUGAUUGACUAAUUGUGAUAUCUCUAGAUAAAAAGUACAUAUUAUAUGAAAUAAAUUGACAAUAAAUAAAAUUUAAAUAGGGUAAAAAAUUAAAAAUAUUCCUUAUAUAAUUAUCAAAAUUGUAGAAUAAUGUUAUAAUCCAUAGAACUAGAAUUUAUCUAAUUUGACAAAAUAUUAGAUUGUUUUAAAACAAAAAAAAUAUACAUAAAGAUUCAGAAGUACAUCAAUAAAGAUACUUUAUAGUGGUUUACAAAACAUAAAUUAUUAACUUUAUUUCUGUCUUCUAUUCAAUCAAAAAAGUAUUAUUUAUUAUUUAAUAUUUUUUGUUUAUUCUAAUUCUGAAUAAAAUGUCUCGCCCCUCCUUAAUUUACUAAUUAAUUACAAUUUAUUUUCAGGAUAAUGGUUUACUUCUCUUUAAGCUAAUACAUUCAGUUUUUAUAGUCUACUAUUAUUUAAAAGUGUUGCAAUUACUGAAAAUUGUAUAUAAACAACUAAUUUUUGUAGAACUUGGAAAUUCAAGCAGUUAUGCUUGAUGAGAUUAUUCAAUCACCAGAAAACCCGUCUCUUGAUUAUGUUGUUACAUUGGAAACAAAAUCGUUGAGAGACACGAGGCAACUACUGGAAAAAGUCAGUAUUGGAGAAGCAAUAAAAUUUAUUAACGAUAAUCCGCAUCCAAGACUAUCGUAUGUUAUUUUUUAUAGAUAUAACAUUUAUAUUAUUAGCAUUACCAGCAUACAAUUUUUAGUUAAGUGAGAAGAUCUUUUAAAUUAUCAGUGGUGUGGGAUAAUGGUUUUAUUUUCAUAAUUAUUUUUACUACAGUUCUAAAUUGAAUUCUAAGUGAUUCUUUUAUUAAAAACCAUCAAUUUUUUGAAGAUUUUAAGUAAAUUUUAUUUCUAUUUGUUUUUCAUCAUUAUGGAAUUGUUUAAGAUUUAUUUUAACACUAUUUUCAGUUUUAGAUUCUGAGAGGAGCAAAAAAUAUAUUGGUUUUAGAAUUUUUUUUUUUUUUUUUUUUUUUUUUUUUUUUUAAACUGAUGAACAACUUUUCUACCAGCAAUUCUGCUUCGAUUUUAAAGUAUAGCACUUUCUAAAAGAAAAUCUGACUAGGGUACUUAAGGGAAGUCAUUUUUUUGAUUUUUCCAGCUUAAAUAAUAACAAUUUAAUCAGAGGAGUAGGGAAGGGUAAUAAAUUGCAUAUUUGUCACUAUAAUAUUGAGUAUUCUCUUUGGUAAACUAUUAACAGACAUCAAAUCUAUACUUUGUAUACAAUGCAAAACAAAAUGCAUUGUCUACAGAUAUGUAACCAUUAAAUUACUGCCUAUUAUGCAGUAUAGAGGUUAUUUUUAUAUUUUAAUUAAUUUUAUCACUUGUAAAAUAUUAUUUGAACACAUUCCACUUAAGAGGCUAGUGCCAGCACGUCUUUUGUUCUCAUGCCUUGUAUACUGGUUUGAUUUUGAUGAUUAGUUUUUUGUUACAAAGAUGUAGACCUCCUACAUUCUGUUUUGAACUCCGUAUUUCAAUGUUUUUAUCACAAACUGUAAAAAAAAAAUUUUAUUUACGGUCAAUUAUUAACAUUUUAUACCAUUAUUUCAAAUUAAAUAAAAAAAUCAAAGUUUAGUGCGAACUGUAUAAUGUUGUUUGUCAAUCAAAAACAAAAUUUUCAAAAAUUAUCUCUAUUCCCGCAGCCAUUUUUAUCAGUAAAAACGUCCCCAUCCCUUCUCUCUAAUGUCCAUGAUGUAAGAGAUUAUUUUUAUGUUUUAGUUAAUUAAAUUAUUUUUUGUAAAAUUUUAGAACACAUUCCAUUUAACACCCUUGUUUUGUAUACACAAUACUAUUGCGCUCAGACUACUAAAUUCAAGUCCAAUUUAAACUUAAAUAUGCACUAUAAGUCUGAAUUAUAAAAUUUUCUUGUGGGUUAAAUAAUUUAUUAUAUUUACUCAAUAACAAUAAUACAAUACAAUACUAUGCAUACAAAUAAUUAUAUGUUAACCAUUAUAUAUUAUGUUUGUCUCUCUAAAAUAAGAUAAUUUGAACAUUUUUUAAAUUUUGUUAUAUAAUAUAUAAAUUACAUAUUUAUGGCUUGCUGGUUCAUGAUAUACAAAUCACUUUUUAUGUAUUAUAAUAAUUAUAGAUAAAUUAAUAACCACGAAAUAAUUGUAUUAUUUAUAAUGGCAUGUAUAGGAGAUUAUUAGCUGAAGCAUCAUUACAAGCUUUAGACCUUGCAACAAGUGAAACAGCUUUUGUGCAAUGUAAAGAUUAUCAUGGCAUCAAAUUUGUGAAACAAUUAGCUAAUAUACAUGAUAUUCUAUUAAAACAAGCCGAAGUAGCUGUUUAUUUUGGAGAUUAUGUGAAAGCUGAAAAUUUAUACAUUGAAGCUGAUCGAAAGUAAAAUAAUUUACAAGUUUUUAUAAACAAAUCAUUGUUGUAACAACUUAUUUAAUUAUUACAUUUCUCAUACUAGAGACUUGGCUGUAAUUCUGCACCAGAAACUCAAUAACUGGUUCAAGGUUGUGGAGCUGUUAAAAUCAAGUUCUUCACUAUUGGGAAUAUCGGGUUUGACUAUGAAUUUAGCUUGGCAAGGCAUAGGGGAUCAUUUCCUAGACAAUCAACAAUGGUACCAAACACAUAAUAUAAUAUUUCUACUUUGGUUUCCUGUCAUCUCUAUUCAGACUUUCAUCUAUUCUUCUUGGCAAAUCUCUAGAAUCUCCUGAUUUAUUCUCUUCUAUCUCUUUCUACAUUUUCUUCCACUUAACUAGAAAUCAUUCCCACUACCACAUUAUCAUACUUCUUACAGAUUCAAUCACUCAUGGAAUAUUUCAAUUCUUCAUACUCCUAGUCACUUUUUACUACAAUUAAUGUCAUUUAGUAUUACUCUUUGUUUUUUAUUAAUUUUACUCUUGUAGUUAAAUUCAUAUGUUAUUAUGGUAUACACAAAAUAAUAAAAUGUUUAUAUAUUCAUUUAUACAGUUAAAUUAUUUUAAUGAUUAUAUUUUCUAUUUUAGGGACUUAGCAAUUGAGUAUUAUAAAAAAGCCGAUAACCCAGAAAAGCUGGUUGAAUGUUACAUUAUGGUUAAGGAUUACGAGUCGUUAGCAUCCCUAGCCAAAAUUUUGCCAAAGAAUCAUCCAUUAUUAGAAACAAUAUCCUUGUUUUUCAUUAGUAGUGGAAUAGUCGAUGAAGAACCAUUGAAUCAAAACGUAUAGUGAAUUAUUAAUUUGCUCUUUUAGAUCAUAAAUGAAAGUUACAAAUGCUAAUGGUUUUGUUUAGAUUUCCAAAAGGAUAUUGGCAAACACUAGAUUGGAUACUGGUAAAUUAAGUGAGCAAAUUAAGAAUUUGAACAAUUCUCAUCGAGACGAAUGGUUGGUGAAUGUUAAAGACAUUUUGGUUACAGUUUUCAAAUGUAUUAAUAGCGAAAGAUAUAUUGAGGCGGCCCAAUUAAUAUUUACUGUAAUUAAAAAAUAAAAUUAUAGCUUAUCAGAUUGCAUGACUUAAAUAUUUACCUGUGGAUUUUAGACUGUUUGUCAAGAAAUAAAGUCCGAUAUACAACCAAAUGUUAUAAAGCAGUUGGCAACUGCUGGUGCAUUAUUGAUCGAAGAAUACAAAGAAAAGAAUAUUCAUACCACUCUGUCAGACGGUAGCUUAUUAAAAUAAUAUUAACACAUAACUAAUCAAUCUAUUUUACUUUAUUGUUUCAAUAAUUAUUAUAUAGUAGAUGAAUUAAUGAUCGACAAUUAUGAAGCCACACCAUUUAAAUCUCGAGCAGAAAUUAUUGAAAACAGUUGGCGUAUAGUUGAAUCUUUACACUUUUUAAUACUAGCUCAGAGACAGUUGUACAAUGGUGAAAAACACUACUAUGUAACCGUUUAAUCUUAUUUAUUUCAAAAAAUUUGUGUUAACUCUGUUUAGGACAAUUUAAUCUGGCCCUAUGGACAUCAUUAACUUUGCGCAACUAUGACGAUUUAUUGAAUGGUGAACAGAUCUAUUCAAUCAUUGCAUUGGCUGCGAUUGCUAAUGGCUCAUUCAAUAUUGCGUCUAGAGCUUUUAUGAAACUUGAAUCUAUGGAUACUGUAAGUUUUUUAAUGGGUCCCUUAACAAUCCCUAUGAAAAAUACUGGUUUGAAUAUUAAUUUUGUUGUGCAGAAAAAUAAUUACAACCAAUUAGCAUUGAUCAUAUUUAGCAAGUAUACUCCUGAAGACUCUAUGCCAUUGUCAAUACAAUGUUAUAGCUGUUUGUAUAAUUUCCCGGCAUGGUAACUUUUUUUAUAUAAUAUAUACACUUGAUUUUUAAUAGUUGAACUACCCCUACGUGGAUUUGAUAUUAUAAAUCAUGUACAUUACAGGUCAUUAAAAUGUCCAAAAUGUAAAAUCAAACCAGAAGCCAGUAUUGUUUCUGGUCAAUUAUUGACAGACAUCAAAUCUGUUUGGUGUUGCAGACAAUGCAAACGAAAUGCAUCAUCUACAGACAUGGAACCAUUGAAUUACUGUCCAUUAUGUAGGAAAGAGGUUAUUCUUACAUUUUAAUUAAUUAUAUUACCUUUUGUAAAAUAUUUGAACACAUUCCACUUAAGGGGCCCGGUGUCUGCGCAUUUUUUGCUCUCAUACCUUGUAGAAUAAUUUGAUUUGAAUGAUUAUUUUAUCAUUGCAAAGAUGACGACAUCCUACAUUUUGCAAUGAAUGCAUGUUUUCCAAUAUUUUUAUCGCAAAUUCUAAAAUAUUUCUUUAUAAAGGUCAAAUUUUAACUUCCUUUUUUAUACCAUUAUUUUAAAUCAAAUAAAGAAUCGAAGUUCAGUGCAAGCUGUAUAAUGCAAUCAAUUAAAAACAAAAUUAUAUCUAUUCCCGCAGACAUUUUUGUCAGUAAAAACGUCCCCAUCCUAUCUCUCUAAAUGGGGAAUUGGUCGUAGAUCAGUUUGACAAUCUUAUCUAUACAUGAUAAUAAUUCAACUGUUAAAAAUCAUUUUAAAUUUUCUGAAAUUGGAAAAAAUUUGUAAAACUAGUUCUGGGCUCAUUAACACUCAAAGUUUUUUUUACACAUACCAUUGUACUCAAGAAACUAAUUCCGUCCACUUUAAACUUUAAUGUACACUAUAAUAAGGUACUGAAUAAAAUUUACUUGUCAGUUAAAUAAUGUAUUAUAUUUAUACAAUAACAAUAAUACAAUAUCCUAAACAUAACAAUAAUACAUUCUACAUCAAAACAAAAUACAAUAUAAUGCAUACAAAUAAUUAUAUGUUAACCAUU